AUGGAAAACGGCGAAGACUCAAUAAUGGAGCAUGGGAAAGUCUCAAAAGACUUCCAAAGGACGAGGAGCUCUCUGCUCGAGCUUCCAAAUGAGAUCCUCCAAAAUAUCGCAACUCUCCUGCCUAGCGACUGGGACAUCGUCAAACUUGCUUUGACUUGCAAAGAGACCAAAGCCAGAAUACUGGGCCCUGAGGGCUCGAAUGCAUCAUUCUGGCGGACUCGCUUUGAACAAAAGUACGACAUGCCCCAGGGACGAGCUCCUCAAGAAGUGAUGAUGGAAUAUCAGAGUCGUUCAAUUGUGCUCUCACCAAAGAUCGACCUCGGACGAUGCAGCUAUGAACAGAUGAAGUUUUGGCUUGAGGUCAUCCAAACUAUGCUGCACGAGACAUUGACUCUGCCUUUGCCAGUGGGCGCUACGUCUAAGACCUAUGAACAAAUCCGAGAGGCAGUUUGUCGCACCAAAUUCCUAAGCAGACCUAAGACCAAGAACAAGAUGAAGGGGAUCUGGCGUUUCAUGUACACCAUUCAGCUGUGCCUGACUGCCCUUGCGCUCGAUCCAGCGGUCUCUCCACCUGGCUACCGUGACGAUUACAACAUCGCCUCUGUAUAUGCUUUCUCAGGUUACUUCCGAGAGUUAAAUGAACCCUUCAUUCAACAUGGUCAGUUGGAUAUUCUCGGAUUGAUGGAAAUGCGCAGCUUCUGGGCGAGACAUCUUCUUAGCCCCGUAGAAGGGACCUUCUACAACUCUUUCUCCAGCCUGGCCUAUGACCUCAAGCCCAAGAUCCGAAAGACAAACGGAUCCAAUGCCACAGACCUGAGCAACUCCUGGGUUGGCUACUACUCUUGCCUUCACCCACUGCCAAUUUCGUUCCGAGAUGAACGCCGACAGACAUGUGCAGACCUAGACUCACACUGGGAGCAAGUUGAUACUCUAUCUCUCGAGAUUGAAAUGCAGACAUAUGAGCCCCUAUGGCCUGCGGAAUGCGAAGAGCUUAUCCCCCGAUGUGGAAGCCCCGAUAUCAAGCGACUGUACUUCCGUGGCUACCAGAAUACGCUUAGUGCAAGCCGUGAUGCCGCCAACCCCAUUUUUGGCUUUGUUGAGCCAAUGGAAAGAGAAUAUGGUGAGCUUCCUGGUUGGUCUCGAAUUUGCUUUGCGAUCUGUGAAAAGACCGAAGGCAUCGAGCAAUCGAGUUGGUCCUCGGCGUCGUCUCGCUGGGUCCACGGAUACGAGGCUGUCAUCAUCCCAGGAGGAAGGCUUAUGCUGGGAUGGUGGGUUGACAUGAAGAACACUUCAGGCAAGGGCCCAUUUAUUUUCUGGGAUGUGUGA